AUGUUGCAGAAUAGAUCCUUUGUUCAUCAAUUCAAGGACCAUUAUUGUAAAUUAUGGAAAAGAUUAGAUCCACAAGGGACAAGGCAGGAGGUUGACAAAAUAGCAGAAUUCAUAGAGGGAUUGAGACCAGAAUUCAUUGUGUCAGUUCAAUCUUUAUUAUUCAGAACAGUUGAUGAGGCCAUAAAUAAGGCUUUGGCAUUGGAGACAGCAUACUCAAUUGGAAUAGAAUUAUCUGCAUAUUCAAUGAUACCAAAUUAUCUUCAGGGUAUGAGUGGUGGAUUUGUUCCAGCUCGAACAACCCUAUUCAUGUCAAAAUUAGAAGAACAAAAUAAGCCAAAUAAUAAUAGUAAUAGUAAUAAUAGGAGUAACAAUAGAGAUAUAAGGACUACCAUAAAUGUAAUAAAGUUGAACACAUCGCAAGAGACUACAAUUUUCAGGAGGAAACCAGCAAAUAAACUCCUCUAUCAAUCAUUUAAACUAGUGGAUGCACCUUUAGAAGAAGAAAUUAGAGAAUUUAAGAAGAAAGAUUAUAAGAAUGAAUAUAUUAUUGUUGACAAGCUUUCAGAUGAUGAUGAAUUAGUUGAGUAUUGGCACAUUUUUCAAGGAUAUAAUACUUCAUGUUUAAUUGAUCCAAAAGUGUUUACUCCUAUAGAUUUUGUUGAGGAAAAACAUGAUGAGCUAGAACUUGAAGAAAUAAAUGAAAACCCUCAACACUAUCUGAAUGUAUCCUUUGAUAACAAUAUGACCACCAUCAACAGUCAACAAUAUCCAACUGAAUUCUUAGAAUUUAGCAAACUUGAACUUCUUAGGACUAAUAAGCACUGGAAAGGACCUAGACGGUGUUUAUAUAAAACAUUAUCGAAAGGAGAAGAUUAUUCAUAUUGUAAAGUACUGCAUUGGGAUCUACAGGAAUAUCAAAUAGCUGUUUCAAUUAAUAAAGCACAAAUUGAAGUAAGCGAUAAACUGAUAGAGAUAUCAAAAGGAAAAGAAAUACUAAUAGGAAACUUAACAAAAGACCAGCAGCAGCAGUUACAACAGUUGCUAGAGGAGAAUAAAGAUUUAUUUGCCAAUGAGAAGUCAGAAUUAACACAGACCAAUAUCUUUCAACAUGCAAUCAUCACAGAAGAUAAAAAGAAUGGAUAG